GAAAAUGACGGAGUACAUAAAUUUAAAAUAUGAGACUUCGUUGGUGAAGUUGAAGAUUUGUUUAGCCCGGGAAAUGCCACAGGACUUAGGGCCUGAAGCAACUGUUAAUCAGUUGAGAAGGCAGUUGUACUGGACUAAGGAUACGAUUAAGGAUUUGGAGGAAAGCUUGAUGAUAAUAAGGGAGGCAGAUGAUAAGAUAAAGGAGAAGAUUGAGAGAUUGCCUGCCUCAGUGCGGGAUGAAAAAAUGGCACAAUACAGUAAAUGGGUGAAAGAAGCAGCGGUGAAGAAUAUUUUAGAAGCUGCAAAUACCCAUCUAUCCAACUGGAAGCAACAUCGAGUAAAAUUGGCAAAAAGACUGGAUAUACCAAUAGAUUUAGAAGAAUCAACGAAUGAGUCACAGACGUCAAAUAGAACAGAAACGAAGAGACUACAAAGGCCACAAAUCCAAUUGCGCCGCUUUGACGGUAAUAUAGAAAAUUGGUGCUCCUUUUGGGAAACAUUUCGUGUUUUAAUACACGACGACAACUCGUUAAGCCAUGUGGAGAAGUUUAAUAUUCUGGAAUCAAUUUUAGAUAAUGAAGCGAAGGAUUUGUUAGGAGGUCUGCAAAUGACUAACGACGGGUAUAAUACGGCAAUAGACCUUUUGUUAGCGAAAUUUGGAAGUGAAAAGAAGUUGAUUCGGUCUUUGAACCAUGAACUAUUAAAUUUACCGAAUUCUGAAAGUUUCGAAGAAGAUGAGAAGCUUUAUUUAAGAAUUGAAAAAUUGUGUCGACAAUUGAAAUCUUUGAACCAGAACAUAGAUGAUGCUCCGUAUUUCAUGACAUUAGAGGGAAAAAUGUCCGCAAAAGUUUUAGGAAAAUAUUUCAACAUUAAAGAUGCGGAAGAUAACGACAAUUGGAACACGGCAAAAUUUAGGAACGCGUUAGGAAGGGCCAUAACUCAGGUGAGAAAUAAAAUUGAGGUAAAGCAGAAAAGCAAUUCCGUCCUUAGAGACAAGAAAGAAGAGCCAACCAUGAACUUUGCGGUAAAUUACUCAAACAAAAUCUCUAGAGGUAGAAAAGAAAGGACUAAUAGAAGACAAUUUGUGGGGCAAAGUUCAAGUAAUUCCGGGUCUCAGAGCCCGAUAGAAGAACGAACAAAAAUAAAUUUAAAGAAAAUUGAACCACCACCAGUAAAAGGACCCCGCUCCUCGCAAAGAGAGUCAAGCAGCUCAGAAAGUAGGAGCCCAACUAAGUACCCUUGUCAGUUCUGCGAUAGACCACACACACCUGUAGAAUGUAGCAGUGUUAUGACUGCAGAGGAUCGGAAAGACAGAGCAAGCGAACUCAGUCUUUGUUUUAAGUGUCUUAAAAAAGGACACUUCGCAAGCUACUGUUAUGUCCCAAAAAGAAGAUGUCUUUAUUGUGGAAGAGCUCAUCAUCAUUCAGCUUUGUGUGAGCGCAAAUUCGGAGAAGGAAAGUUAAUAGAAGAGCAAAAGAAAGGCGUUAGUGCCACGAUUACACAGAAAGAAAUUAUCGCAGCUUCUCAGUGUGUUGAAAGGAACUAUUAUGAUAGACCGUUAGAGGUCAGCGGUGCUCAAUUAAGUAAAUACGGUCUUAGAACCGAAAAUGGAUUUCAAAAAAUUUUUAAGGGGGGAGGGAUCUACGAUGAGAUAAAUACAUCAUCGGAAUCGAACGUACCCAUCAGUAAAAAAUCGAUAAAUUUAAAUAAGGUUGUUAGUAACCAAAAAGUAGGAUGUGUGAAGGCAAAAGCAAAAAGCAACACGCCAGAGGACAAACGGAGACCUUAUGAUUUAAAACAAAAAGUGCGUGUUAGGACGCAAGUAAUUACUGACAGAAAGCCGUUGGUGGCGACGUCACCGAUAGUAAUUAUUGGAGACAAGAGAGCCUUAGAGCUUCGAAAAAUAUUUAAAGAGGAAAAUUUACGAGGAAUGGUUUUUAAACCAAUGUCCUGGGACGCCAAGCUUUUUGAUAGAGAGAUUCAACUCUCUAAAAGCGUCGACACAUUAGUAGUAUGGAAGCAAAAUAUAGACAACGGACUCUUUGAAGUCCUACGAAAGGCAAACGAGUUUAAGCAACAGCUGAGACAAAUUGUCUGGAUAAAACCAGGUGAUGGAAUAGAAAUUCAUUGCCUUUACUAUGUUACGUCAUAUAAGGAGCCUAAAGAUUUACGUUCAAUACUCAUCAAGCUAAGCACUAUGGGCACGCCAUUAAUACCCGUGAAAAAUAGAGAACUCAGAAGCAAAAGUGGAAAGGGAUUACUGAAGACGGAACCAAGCAGGUCGUAUGAUAUUAAUGGCCAUAAAGCUAGAUUUCGGGAAUUUUCUCCCAGGAAAAUUGUUGCCGGACUAAACAUUGGACCAGACAUUAAAUUUGGCCUUGGAGCCAUAAACGAAGUAGUUAACCAUCGAGUGAGAACACAAAUGGCAAACAUCUACAGAAACUGGCACUCAAAAAUAUGCGCACAAAUGCCGAGGACACAAAGAACAAAUGAAGGAAUGCCGAAAUCAAUUUCUCUUAAAGUGGGAGGAUGUCGAAGUUCGACAUUUUAG